AAGUACACGUGUCAUCAUCCAUUUCCGCCGUGUUGUGAACAGCACGCGCAAAGCAUGGAGGAGAAACUUCAUUUAGAUUUAGAGGAUUUCUCCUCAGAGUCUGGACUGCUGGACACGGUUAUCAAAGAAAUACAGAAUCAAGAUCCUCUGUUUAUCAUCGGGAUAUUUGUGGCACUUGUGGUUGUAAUUCUCACUGUCGCUUACUUCGGAAAUGUAUUUGGCUCCAGCAAAGUGAGAAAUGUUGUGCUUCUGCUGGGAUUGUGUGACUCUGGCAAAACACUGUUGUUCACACGAUUACUAACAGGAAGGUUUUUGAGAACUCAGACGUCCAUUACAGAGAGCAGCGCAUUAUACAGAAGCAAAAAUGACAGAGGCACCAGCUGGACUCUCAUCGAUGUUCCUGGACACGAGAGUUUAAGAUCUCAGAUUUUGGAGAAGUACAAGGCCAUAGCUCGAGCCAUCGUGUUUGUGGUGGACAGCAGUGUUUUCCAGAAGGACGUCAGAGAUGUGGCUGAAUUUCUCUAUUCAAUCCUUACGGACAACAUGGUAGCAAAAAAUGGCCCAACUCUUUUAGUAGCCUGCAACAAACAAGAUGUAACUAUGGCCAAAUCAGCUAAAUUAAUUCAGCAGCAGUUGGAAAAGGAGCUGAACACCCUGAGACUCACAAGAUCAGCAGCGCUCUCAUCUCAGGACGGGCCUGUGGGGACUGCCUCUGUGUUUCUGGGGAAGAAGGGGAAAGAUUUCGACUUCUCUCAGUUGACUAAUCGUGUGGAGUUUGUUGAGUGCAGUGCAUGUGAUAGUAAAGGAGAAGAUGGAGAUGCUGAUGUUGAUGCACUGGAAAAGUUUCUAGCCAAACUCUGACUUCAAUCUUUAACAACUGGAAUCAUUCAGACAUUUGUUGUACUUUGUUGUGAUUACAUGAAUAGAUACAGGACAAUGUGUGUUGUGUAAAAUGUUUAUUUGGAUCUUUUGUUACUUUAGUUUUCAGUUGGUUAAAAUCAUUGAUGUGGCUCUUCGAAUGAAAUUGAAGUGAGGUUCGCAUUUUGUGUCUGUAUUGAUUAAACCUUGAGUUUUAAAACUCCGAUGACAAUUAUUGGUUUUAAAAGCCUUGACCUGAUGAAGAAGUGUUCACUCAAAAUACAAGUUCAAUAAAUUAUCCACGCUCAAAAAGCA